UCGGCCCGCUUGACCAGUUGAGCAAUUCUUUUUAAAUUACAACCUCUAUUUAAUAAGACUUUCAUUUCUAUAUUUCUCCUCUCAUAUAAUUAAAAAAGCAAUACAAUAAAGUCAGAAUAUCUCAAUUUCGAUUCCAAGGCCAAAAGAAAUCAGAAAACUCAGCUGAGGGUUUAAUCAAUUGAAUUUUUCAGACAACCAAAGUAAUCAAAUCAAAUCAAGAAUGAGGAGAAGUGGAGCGAGUAGCAGCAGCAGUGGCGGCGAUAGCGUCGUUGCUGACGUCGGAAGGCGUCGCUCCACCUGCGGUUACUGUAAAUCCGGUCGUCGCUCCAGUGUCACUCAUGGUUUAUGGGCAAACAGCCUUACAGUUUAUGAUUAUCAAGAUCUUCUGGACCGAGGUUGGAGAAGAUCCGGCUGUUUUCUGUACAAACCUGAGAUGGAAACAACAUGCUGCCCUGCAUAUACCAUAAGACUGAAAGCUGAUAAAUUUUCGCCUUCUAAAGAGCAAAUUCGGGUGUCUAAGCGAAUGCAAAGGUACCUUGACGGAAUAUGGGAUGGUAAAAAACAAGAACUUGCAGAUAAAUCUGGGGAGUCACAAGUACAUGCUCAUGGGGAUACAUUGUCCAGCACAUCACAAAUGGAAUCUCUAGGAAGACAUGAGCAGAAUACCAAGGAUGAGGAGCUAUUGGAUCAUCUAUCCAAGCAAAUAGAUGUUGCCAUCCAAUCAUUUGUUAAAAGUAAGGAUUUACCUUGUGAUAUUCAAUAUCCAAAAGGUAUUGUAAAAAAAGUUUCCCAGACCAAAAAGAGACGGUUAGUUGACGGAUCAGAAGAUCUCUUAUAUACAAGCAGUAUUUCAUUUCAGCUAGCAGCUACAUUGAGACGGACGAAGUCAGAUGCCAAUGAUAUCGGGACAAAGAAAGACAGUUUGGCUGUAAUAGGGUCUUCCUAUGAUAUAUUCCCCAAAGAUAUUUCAGAAGAGUUGGCAAAUGCUUUGCAGCAUCUUGUAGAAGUACCUAAUUUAUCAAUAAAAGCCUGCAAUGGACACUUAAACUUCUACUCUGCAGUAAAGGAGGUCCGUUCUGAUAAAGAGUCUCAUCAAGUCGCAAUCUCCAGAGAAUCUCCGAUGCAAGAAAGUAAAGGACAUGGCAUUCUACCUGAAAACCCUCAGAGAAUGAAGCGGAAACUGGAAAUCCAUUUAAAUAGGUCGAGUUUUGAUCCAGAAGAGUUUGCCUUGUAUAGAAAAUAUCAGAUACAAGUUCACAAUGAUGAACCUGGUGAUAUCAAUCAGCAGUCUUAUCGAAGGUUUCUGGUUGAUUCACCCUUGAUUUAUGUUCCUCCAACCGGUGAUGAUACUGUUCCUUCUUGUGGAUUUGGCGCAUUCCAUCAGCAAUAUCGGAUUGAUGGGCGGCUCAUUGCUGUUGGGGUGAUCGAUAUCCUUCCUAAGAGCUUGUCGAGCAAAUAUCUAUUUUGGGAUCCCGAUUUUGCUUUUUUAUCACUUGGUAAAUACUCUGCCUUGCAAGAGAUAAAUUGUGUAAAAGAAAACCAACGGCCAUGUCCUAGUCUUCAAUACUAUUAUCUUGGUUAUUACAUUCACUCCUGCAGCAAAAUGAGAUAUAAAGCAGCUUAUUGGCCAUCAGAACUUUUAUGCCCUCUUCGUUACGAGUGGGUUCCAUAUGAUGUUGCAAAACCAUUGCUUGACAGAUCAAGGUAUGCUGUAUUGUCAGAUUAUACCAACAUGCAAAACAGGGACCCAAUGUUGACCCAAGAACCAGGAAAGCGUUUGGAUCAGCAGCAUGAUGACCCCGGUGAUGAAGAUUUGAAUGACGCUUAUAUGGGUGAAGAGGAGAACAUGCUUGAUUCUGGUUCAUCAGAAGAUGAACAAUCAUUUGAAACCAAUGAUCUUGCCUCAACUCCAACUGAGAAUGUUGAUUUUAGUCGCAUUCUUUUUGAUUUGGGUGGAACUCGCCUUAGAUACCAGGAAUUUCAACAUGCUCUUCGCCCAGCUGGUCAAUUACAACUGAAAAACCAAUUGUUGAGAUACAUGAAGGUCGUUGGGCCACAUCUCUCAGAAAGAAUGGUUUAUUCGCUUGGUUAGUUUCAUUAAUCUUUUAUAUGGCUUAAAGCAGGGAGUUCCUGCUUCCAUUGCUGUGUGUGCGCGCUAUGAUGACAAUGCUUUUAUUAAUGCUAUACUUAUGUUGGAACAUUUUUAUGGAGUGGCUACAUAUAAAGGGUCGCUCUUUUGGAUGGAUCGAGUUUCCAUUUGCUUUCUUAUCCUGUUCUUUCUCCAUGGGGUAUGUCUUAUUUGGAGUUCUUUACUUAAGCAAGAUCAAUACUUGGUUGUUGUAUUGUUACUUGGGAGUUGUUUGAUUUUAUCGGUAAUCACCCAACUAGUCGUAAGAAACUUUAUUUCAAUUUGGGUAUAUUAUCAAGUGUUAAUGUAGUUGAUCAAAACCUGUGUGAUUGUGUUACUGGCUCACUACCGCGCUGGUGGCACCCGUAUUACUUACGUUCUGCCACUGUUCAGGAUUGAUUCCGAUUUCAGAGUAGCAGCAGUAUCUGUAACUGCUCUGCUGGAUUAAUGGGUUAUGCGACAGGCUAGACCAGUCGACCAAAGACUUGCUCUUGUCACACAUAGACCAAUGGUUUAACCCGAGCCUUGUGCAUAGCAUUGCGGUGUUGAUGUCACCUUUUCAAGUUUCAUAUACCAUACAACACGCCGCCCCCUCUCUAAUGUUCUACUAGAUCCAAUCACCAAUCCCGUCAAUCUUCUCUCCCUUGUCAAGCUCGUUGAUAAUUAUCUCUCUUCAUCGUUGUAUCUCACAAGACUUGAUAUACAUAGCAAUAAAUUGAUGUUUUAUUUUU